AUGGCUGCCCAGUCAGUCACCCCGGACUCCCGCUCCUCCUCGUCCACAAACUCCCCUGCCCCUGCCGACAACGAGGAGUCGGAUUUCUUCAUCGCCGGAAACGACUCGCAAUCGUCACUCGGCGUGCCCAACAUCGAAGACAUGCAGGUUAACGACGACCCGUGUCAGCCCGCCGUCAACCGGUUGCCCAGCGAGAUCCUCAUCUCCAUCUUCGCCAAGCUUAAUGGUCCCAGCGAUCUCUUCCACUGCAUGCUGACGUGCAAGCGAUGGGCAAAGAACUCCGUCGAUUUACUGUGGCAUCGCCCGGCCUGCACAAACUGGAAGAACCACAUGUCUAUCUGCAGCACGCUUGGAAUGACUACGCCCUUCUUCGCCUAUCGGGAUUUUAUCAAGCGCCUCAACUUAGCCGCGAGCCCGCUCGCAGACAGAAUUAACGAUGGGAGCGUCAUCCCUUUGUCUGUCUGCAAACGCGUCGAGCGACUCACGCUCACCAACUGCAGACAGUUGACCGACAACGGCUUGACUCAGCUGGUGCAAGGCAGCGCGUCGUUGCUCGCCCUCGAUAUUUCCGGGGACAGAAACAUUUCCGAUGUCUCCAUCAGAGCAAUCGCAGAUAACUGCCGUAGGCUGCAGGGACUGAAUAUUUCCGGUUGCACCCAGAUCACGAAUGAUAGCAUGAUCGUGCUGGCCGAAAGUUGCAAGUUCAUCAAGAGGCUGAAACUCAACGAAUGCGCCCAGCUACAGGACGUUGCGAUUAUGGCCUUUGCAGAACACUGCAAGAACAUUCUCGAGAUCGACCUCCACCAGUGCUCACAGAUCGGAAAUGACCCUAUCACCGCCCUCAUCGCGAAUGGGCAGUCCCUCCGCGAACUCCGCCUCGCCGGCUGCGAGCUCAUCGACGACAGUGCAUUCCUAUCCCUGCCGCAGAACAAGACUUAUGACCACCUCCGCAUUUUGGACUUGACCUCAUGCUCAAGACUUACCGACCAGUCUGUGCAAAAGAUUAUCGAGGCCGCCCCUCGGUUGCGCAACCUGGUGCUCGCAAAGUGCCGCAAUAUCACCGAUGUCGCCGUUAACGCCAUUGCGAAGCUCGGCAAAAACCUGCACUACUUGCACCUGGGUCACUGCGGCCAUAUCACAGACGAAGCCGUCAAGCGUCUCGUCCUGGCAUGCAAUCGUAUACGAUACAUUGAUCUUGGAUGCUGUACACUUUUGACAGAUGACUCGGUGAUGCGCUUGGCGCAGCUGCCCAAGCUCAAGAGAAUCGGUCUCGUCAAAUGCAGCAACAUUACUGACGAGUCUGUGUUCGCCCUCGCUCGCGCAAACCACCGUCCUCGGGCACGUAGGGAUGCCAACGGCAACAUUGACGAGUACUAUGCCAGCAGCUUAGAGCGCGUCCAUCUGAGUUACUGCACAAACCUCACAUUAAAGAGCAUUAUCAAGCUGCUCAACUACUGCCCGCGCCUCACGCAUCUCAGUCUGACAGGAGUUACUGCCUUUCUCAGGGAAGAGUUUGCAGAGUUUUGCAGACCUCCACCACCUGAAUUCACCGACCACCAGCGCGGCGUCUUCUGCGUGUUCUCUGGCAACGGCGUGCAAAAGUUGCGUGAAUACCUCAACACCUCGGCAGAGUACGAGGGCUUGCGCGAUUCUCCUGGCCCGCGAUUCUCCGGCGGCUUCUUGGUCCGCCGUAACAUCGGUGCCCAUGCUUCCACUGCUGCAAAUGCAGGAACGGUGAACGGCGACGCCGAAGGAGAUGAUGGCGAGGCCGCGGAAGACGACGAGUUCGAGGGUCUCGACGGUAGCGAGAUGGCUGUUGAUGGACAGCCACUGCUUGCACAGAAUCUCGUCAACGGUGACGCACAACAGGAUGGCCAGGCUCCGCCGCCCCCGCCAACCCAUGUGCCCCCAACUGGAGCAGUGCCAAUGUUUGCUCAACCACUUGGCCAGGCCCCGUUGUUGUUCAGCCCUACCAGUCCUAGCUUCCCCCAGUCGGCUCGUUCGCCGACAACAGCGGGUCCCGCGAAUCAUCCACCACCGUUGGUCGUAUCUAGUCACUACUCGCCGACGUCUCCAACAGCCACGGCAGGACCCAGCUUAUCAACCGCCACUGCCGUCUCGCCCCAGGGAACGAACCUAGGUUUCCCCGCGUACACCAACAGACGGCCUGCACCGCUCGGUGCCAGCACUGCGUCAAUGGAGGCGUCGAUGUUGAGCCCCGCAUCGCAUCGCAGCCGUCCGGCCAGUGUCAUUUCCAUGGAAGCGUCAAUGCUUGGACCUGCGGACUCAGACUUGGCGGAGCCAACCACACCGAGCGCGGUGCAGCAUUCUUAA